AAACUGUACUCCUAGCGCGGCAAACGAUUACAGAUUACCACUCUCUAGAACUUCACGGUUGGCAACUGGGCCCUGUACAUGUUAGUACAUACUCCAUAUAAUUACUAAAAUGCGCUCGGAUUACAAUUCAUGAUAAACCCCUCCAUCCAGGAAGAUUGAGCAAGCGAACGAAGAGAGAUACGCACGUAGCAAGAUAUUGUGAAUUGACUCGGUGACUGAACAAUUGGUGAGUGAGUUGAAAUGACGAGCUCGGAGCCGACUCGGAUAAUGGUGGCUGUGAACGAGUCGACAAUCAAAGGUUAUCCGCACGCUUCGAUAAGCAGCAGAGGAGCCUUCACUUGGACAAUUGAGAAGAUUGUACGCUCUAACACUACCGGUUUCAAGCUUCUCUUCCUCCACGUCCAAGUUCCCGAUGAAGAUGGCUUUGAUGAUAUGGAUAGUAUAUAUGCAUCUCCUGAGGAUUUCAGAAACAUGCAGCACAGGGACAAAGUGAGAGGGCUUCAUCUGCUGGAGUAUUUUGUUAGCAGAUGCUAUGAGAUUGGGAUCACUUGUGAAGCAUGGAUCAUGAAAGGGGAUCCCAAAGAAGUUAUUUGCCGUGAAGUGCAACGAAUCCAUCCAGAUCUCCUGGUUGUGGGAAGUCGGGGACUUGGCCCUUUUCAGAGGGUUUUCGUUGGCACCGUGAGUGAAUUUUGUGUGAAGCAUGCUGAGUGCCCUGUGAUCACCAUUAAACGCAGAGCAGAUGAAACUCCUGAAGAUCCUGUUGAUGACUGAUUGUUGGAUUUCCUUCUUUCUGUUAAUAGACUUUGGACAAUAAAGUGUCAGUUUGGGAAAUAUAAGAUGCAUUGUUUGAGAUUCCCUCGGCCAUAUGUUGAUAAUAUUUAUAUACUGUGGAAGGAAGAAUAUGAUUUUUCUGAUUCAUCAA